ACCGGCAUCAUCUUCUUCAGCCUGAUGGUCUGGAAUCUGGAUCAAAGGGUUCGAGGCUAAUCGCACUGUUCAUAUACAAACAAAGAGAGACGACAGAGGACUGAGGUGAGAAAGAGAGAGAUGGGUUGGGGACUGCGGUUUUACGAAGGAGUAGUAGUGGUUGGUUCUCUGUCGCUGCUUGCUUGGGCAGGCCUUUGGUUUCUGAAUCGGAGAUUAUACAAAGAGUACGAAGAAAAGAGGGCACUUGUUCAGAUCGUCUUUAGCGUAGUCUUCGCCUUUUCCUGUAAUCUCCUCCAGCUCGUCUUGUUCGAGAUCAUUCCCAUUCUUUCUAAAGAGGCAAGAUGGAUCAACUGGAAGGUGGAUUUAUUCUGUUUGAUAACGGUGCUGGUAUUCAUGCUUCCAUAUUACCAUUGUUACUUGAUUCUUUGCAAUAGUGGUGUGAGGAAGGAACGCGCUGCUUUAGGCGCCUUUUUAUUUUUAUCGGCGUUCCUCUAUGCAUUUUGGCGCAUGGGAAUUCAUUUUCCAAUGCCUUCACCAGAUAAAGGUUUUUUCACAAUGCCUCAGUUGGUCAGUAGAAUUGGUGUAAUUGGUGUUACUGUAAUGGCUGUCCUCUCUGGUUUCGGAGCUGUAAAUUUGCCAUACAGCUAUCUUUCUCUCUUCAUCAGAGAAAUUGAAGAGACAGAUAUCAAAAGCUUGGAACGACAACUAAUGCAGUCCAUUGAAACCUGCGUCACAAGAAAAAAGAAAAUUAUCCUUUCACAAAUGGAAAUGCAGAGGAUUCAAGGGUUGGAAGAGAAAGCAAGUGCUAGGUCAUUUCUCAAGCGCAUUGUUGGAACAGUCGUGCGAUCUGUGCAGGAUGAUCAAAAGGAGCAAGAUAUCAAGAGCAUGGAAGCAGAGGUUGAAGCUUUAGAGGAGCUAUCAAAGCAGCUAUUUCUGGAAAUAUAUGAACUUCGCCAGGCCAAGGAAGCUGCAGCAUAUUCACGGACCUGGAGGGGUCACAUGCAGAAUUUACUGGGCUAUGCAUGUUCUGUUUAUUGUGUUUACAAGAUGAUAAAGUCUCUGCAGAGUGUUGUCUUUAAGGAGGCUGGGUCUGUUGAUCCUGUGACCAUGAUUCUUAGCAUAUUUCUGCAGUUCUUUGACAUUGGCAUCGAUGCUGCAUUAUUAUCUCAGUAUAUAUCUCUUUUGUUCAUUGGAUUGUUGAUCGUCAUAUCUGUGCGGGGAUUUUUAACCAAUCUGAUGAAGUUCUUUUUUGCAGUUUCCAGAGUUGGAACCGGAUCAUCCAGCAAUGUUGUCCUCUUUUUGUCGGAAAUAAUGGGGAUGUACUUUCUAUCAUCUAUACUUCUGAUCAGAAAAAGCUUAGCAACUGAAUACAGGGCGAUUAUAACAGAUGUUUUAGGAGACAUCCAAUUUGAUUUCUACCAUCGUUGGUUUGAUGCGAUAUUUGUUGCGAGUGCCUUCCUCUCCCUGCUUCUGCUUUCUGCUCACUACACUUCUCGUCAAGCUGACAAACAUCCAGUUGACUAAGUGCAUUUAUAUGGUUAAUAUUUGUAAGUCCUAUCAGCUUUCGCAUAUUAUACCAAACUCGAUCACACGAAUGAAGCCAAUUUCAUGUCACACCUAUUUUUUGUUUUUCGGCUCUUGACACGCUCUUGAAUUAGCUUUAUACCAGAUCCGGGCCGAAGAAUCUUUGUCCGAUGGACACCAUUAAAGAAAAAGACAAGUCUGGGUUUUUAUGAAGGUGGUGUGGCCUGAGAAUCUAUUUACAGAUUCAAUAGGGGGAAGAAAUGUGUAGUUAUAAAAAAGGAGAGUAUAAAUGGCCUGGAAUUAUAGUGUAAAAUGUGUAUUUGUUUUUGUGUAACUUGAACACAUUGGACUCUCUCAUACAUAAUUUGAAUGUUUUCUAGUGAAAUCUCCAAGCUAUGUGAUUAAGAAGUAAUUUGUGAUUGUUAAAUCUGGAGAAUAUUUUACUUUUCAUCAUUUA